UUUUAAAAAGCCUACCUCUAUCCUUUAAUUUUCACUUCUUUUUUCCAUUCAUCGUCUUCGUCUGGUUUGUGGGAGCUAAGAUGAUGAAGAAUUCUGUAUGUGAAGAGAGUUUCUACAUAGAGAGUGAAGAAGAGGAAUAUGAUGAAAAUGAAUCUGAUUUUUCCGAUGAAGACAAUAAUGAUGAUGAAAAUAAUCGUCCCAAUUAUUCCUUAACCUCUGCUUGGCCUCAGAGUUACAGGAAAUCUAUGGACCUAUACAGUAAUGUAUCAUCUCCAAGUCUUGACUUCUUGGGAGCACCUUCAUUAUCUCAGCUAGGAAGCUCAUUCUUUGGCUCAUCUCUCAUAAGAAGAAACACUCCUGAGAUAUUGCCUUCUCUUCACAAGCCUCUCAUACCGCCAGCAGAAGAAGAAAAAGCAGUGUACAAGCAUAUUUCUCAUGAUGAGAAACCCUCCAAGGAUGCAGAUGGACUUCCAAUUUCUCGUCAAAGCUCCUAUGGCCAAGCAGUGGUAAAUGGCAUGAAUGUUCUCUGCGGAGUAGGAAUCCUUUCUACUCCUUAUGCUGUGAAGGAAGGUGGAUGGGCCGGACUUCCAAUAUUAUUCAUUUUUGGUGUGCUUUCUUUCUAUACUGGCAUGCUCCUGAGGUACUGCUUGGAUAGCCAACCGGGGAUUGAGACAUACCCAGACAUUGGUCAGGCUGCUUUUGGUACAACGGGACGAAUUUUUGUAUCAAUAAUCUUAUAUGUGGAAUUAUAUGCCUCUUGUGUUGAUAUCAUAAUCGUGGAGGGUGAUAACUUGUCGGCUAUAUUUCCAAAUGCACAUUUAAGUCUGGGUGGGUUUGAGUUAGAUGCUCGCCACCUUUUUGUUGUGUUAGCCACCCUGGCUGUUCUUCCUACCGUUUGGAUGCGUGACCUCAGCGUCCUAAGUUAUAUUUCAGUUGGAGGAGUUAUUGCUUCCGUAUUGGUUGUCCUUUGCUUGUACUGGGCUGGCUUGGUGGAUCAUGUAGGCUUUGAAAGCAAAGGGACUGUACUUAAUCUACCAACUCUUCCUGUUGCUAUUGGACUUUAUGGAUUUUGUUUCGGUGGGCAUGCUGUCUUUCCUAAUAUAUAUACAUCCCUAGCGGAUCGUAGUCAAUUUCCUGCAGUCCUCUUGACCAGUUUUGUUGUGGUAACUCUGUUGUAUGGUGGAACAGCUGUGUUGGGAUACCUGAUGUUCGGGGACUCAACUGAAUCCCAAUUCACUCUAAAUUUGCCUAAAGGAUUAAUAGCUUCCAAGGUUGCUGUGUGGACAACUGUUGUUAAUCCUUUUACAAAAUAUGCUUUAACCCUGUCUCCUGUAGCAAUGAGUUUAGAGGAAUUGUUGCCACCAAAACACGCCAAAUCUCACGUGUACCCAAUCCUCAUUAGAACUGCAUUGACAAUCUCCACAUCACUAGUUGGUCUUGCUGUUCCCUUUUUUGGUUUAAUGCUGGCAUUAACUGGAUCUUUACUUACAAUGCUAGUCACUCUAAUACUACCUUGUGUUUGCUUUCUGAGAAUCUUGAAGGGGAAAAUAAGCCACCUUCAGGUUACAAUAUGUGUCCUUAUUAUCACAAUAGGUACUGCAUCUGCAUUGAUCGGUUCGUAUUCAGCUCUCUCCAAUAUCAUCCAGAGCAUGGCCUAAAUUUUGAGUAUGGCACCAGAUCAUGUUUUUGAGCUUUAGAGUACAUUAAGUUUCUAAUCAUAAAGACUUCACAAGUUUAUAGACCAUUUUCAAUACAUAUGCAGUUCAAUUGUCUUUUAGAGAAAAAAUGCACUUCCAUUUCACUAAA